AUGAAGUUCGGCGACUAUUUCGAGAGGGAGUUGUUGCUGCGUUGGCGGCUGCACAACAUCGACUACAACUCCCUAAAACAGCAGAUCAAGCUGAACACGACCAAGAACCAAGCCACGGCCAUGACCAUUCCUGGCCACACAGACGUGGGACUGAAGAAUUUCGAGGACGCCUUCUAUCUGGAGCUAUGCAACCAACAUGAUCGCGUCGACCUUUUCGUCUCUGGGACAGCCGACGAGAUCACCGAUGCCUAUGACAUCUGGCUGGCCAGACCCAGAAUCUGA